AUGGCGUCUCCCAGUGGGAAGGCAGCCCGCGAACCCGAGGCUCCUAGCGGCGGGCCGCGGCCCCUCGCCCGGAACCUCGUGGAUUGCGUCGACGAUGCAGAGGGGCUCUACGUGGCGGUCGAGCGGUGUCCGCUGUGCAACACCACCCGCCGCCGGCUGACCUGCGCCAAGUGCGUCCAGAACGGCGAUUUCGUCUACUUCGACGGCCGCGACCGCGAGAGGUUUAUAGACAAGAAGGAAAGGUUAAACCAACUUAAGAACAAGCAAGAAGAAUUUCAAAAAGAAGUGUUAAAAGCUCUGGAAGGAAAAUGGAUAGCAGAUCAGUUGAGAUGGAAAAUAAUGUCCUGCAAGAUGAGGAUUGAGCAGCUGAAACAAACAAUAUGUAAAGGAAAUGAAGAAAUGAAGAAAAAUUCUGAAAGCCUUCUCAAAACCAAGGAAAAGAAUCAGAAGCUUAACACUCGAGCACAACGGCAUCAAGAGAAAAAGGAGAAGAUUCAGAGGCACAAUCGCAAACUUGGUGACUUGGUAGGAAAAAAAACCAUUGACUUAAGAAGUCAUUAUGAGUGUCUGGCAAAUCUUCGGCGAUCUCAUAUAUUAGAGCUCACCUCUGUCAUUUUUCCAAUCGAGGAAGUAAAGACUGGUGUGAGAGAUCCCGCAGAUGUGUCUUCAGAGAAUGACAGUGCCAUGACCUCCAGCACUGUGAGCAAGCUUGCUGAAGCCCGGAGGACAACUUACCUGUCAGGGAGAUGGGUCUGUGACGAUCACAAUGGGGACACCAGCAUUAGCAUUACAGGGCCUUGGAUUAGCCUUCCCAACAACGGGGACUACUCUGCCUACUACAAUUGGGUGGAAGAGAAGAAAACCACACAGGGGCCUGACAUGGAGCAUAAUAACCCUGCUUACACGAUCAGUGCUGCAUUGUGCUACGCGACUCAGCUGGUCAACAUUGUGUCUCACAUACUUGACGUAAAUCUUCCCAAAAAGCUGUGCAACAGUGAAUUUUGUGGGGAAAAUCUCAGCAGACAGAAAUUUACUCGAGCAGUGAAGAAGCUAAAUGCAAAUAUUCUUUACCUAUGCUUCUCUCAGCAUGUAAAUUUAGACCAAUUACAACCACUGCAUACCCUCAGGAAUCUAAUGUACCUGGUCAGUCCGAACUCUGAACACCUAGGCAGGUCAGGACCCUUUGAAGUGCGAGCAGACCUUGAGGAGUCCAUGGAAUUUGUGGAUCCCGGAGCUGCUGGAGAAUCAGAUGAGAGUGGAGACGAGCGCAUGAGUGACGAGGAGACCGACCUGGGCACGGACUGGGAGAACCUGCCGAGCCCCCGGUUUUGUGAUAUCCCUUCCCAGCCUGUGGAAGUCUCCCAGAGCCAGAGCACCCAGGUGUCACCGCCCGUCGCGAGCAGCAGUGCGGGCGGGAUGAUCUCCUCUGCCGCAGCCUCGGUGACCUCCUGGUUUAAAGCUUACACUGGACACCGUUAAAAAGCAUGGACCAAAACAUGCCAAAUUUGCCGCAAGAAAGUUCUUCCACUAGGCUCCGGUACACUUGAUGUGUUUAGUUAAGAUAGUGCCUGGAACAAAAGAGGUUCAAGUUUUUUUUUUUUUCCAAGCAGGGAGACAAGCAUUUCUAUUUGUCAAAUAGCCAGUGGUGGUGGCCGACAUGCUUAUGAUAAUUAAUAGAACGGAAGGGUCAAAGGUCCUUCUACCUAGACUGGUGGUGGGGGAAGGACCUGUGCAUGUGGCCAGUUCUGUUGAGGCAGAAAUCCAUUUGGGCUCCCCAGUCACAGCCCACAGGCCACAUGGACGGGCUGAGGUGUCAGUCCUGGUGAUGCUGCGACUGUUCCUAAACACUUUACAUUUUAGAGGGUGAAUCACAAGGAAAUUGAUGAGUAGGGCUUGAAAGAUAAAAACUGUAAUAUGAGUUUGUUUUUAUGCCUUGGUUUUUUGUACAGAGAACCAGCAGGCAAUUUGAAAUACUUGAUUUCUUUAUAGUUUGGUCAUGUUUGGUUUUUAGGUCAAAGAUUUUGGUUUUGUUUGGAAGGGGUAGUGUUUUUUGCAGGGGGGAGGGAAGGGGAGUUUAAAAAUUACUUCACUUUGCUGCUCUGUCAUAGCUCGUCAGACAUUCCUGUUUUUCUUUCUCCCCACACACCAAAGAAACUAAGGUCUUUUUUUCCUUAGGACCCACAUCCGUGAACAGAAGAAAUCCUGGCUGCAAUAAUGGUCUAGAGAUUUUAAAACUGUGUUCUUCUGAGGGGAAUUAAGUUCAUUCUUACCUCGAUUAUUGAAUUCCUACCAUCCAAGCUGUGUGCAUUUUGAAAUUGAACUUAUUUUCUAUGAGUGAAAAAUAAGUUAUUAAAGGUCAUUCCCUUAUGUAAACUAAAUGCCUGCCUGGGCACAGGUUAAAGCCACUUAAUUAAGUGGUCUUUGGUCAUUCUUCUGGUGUCCAGUUUCUUUUCUAAGGGAUUUAGUAAGUGGCAGGUUUUUCCCAGGAAAACCAUCCUGCUUAUUUGUUUCCUAGAGGUCAUUGUAGCUCUAAGGACACUACCUUCGCUCAGAAAUGCAGAGCAGGUGAUCCCAGCUGAUACUGCUCUUCUCUGUCCUAGGGAAAGCUCAGAUGGAAAGAGUUAUUCCUCACCAAGAGCUCAUUUUCAGCUAAUGUGUCUUGUCAUUCUCUUACUGACAAUCGUAUAAGAAAACUGUAGAGAGGCAUUAUGUACAAAUAUGUAAGUAGUUUUUUAUUUUUAAUAACUGCAAAAAAAAAAAAUCCUAUGUAACAACUACAAAAAGAAGCCCUAUGAAGAGUUCCUGACAGGCAUUAUUACCGUAUCUUGUUAGUGUGAUUAGCACGAUCGUGCCUCAGAUACAUCAGCUGGAAGUUGGCCCUGCCCCCGCCUCUCUUCUCAUUGUGAUGAUUACAGUUGAUACUUGGCCUCCAAAUCCGAGCUGCUAUAUCUACAGCUUGUGCUGUUAGUAUAUUCAGUGGCGGGUAGAGUUUUGGGUAGACUUGCAGAAGAAGGGUGUUUGUUCCUCUCCGGGAGUCCCAUGUUCCCGACUACAUGCCUUUUCACCAGAGGGAAGGAAGUGGGCUUUCCCCGGUGGGCUCUCACAUAGCUGGCGUCUGUUUCAAGUGCUCAGCUUCGUGACUGCUGGGCUCGCACUGCACCCUCCGGGUCUGUAGUUCAUAGGGAGUGGGUAGGGUGGACUCGAACAAAUGCCAAAUGAACUUAAAAUCCCAUGAGAGAAGAGUUGGCUAGGCACUUCAGCCCUCAAAAAGAACAGCUUAGUCUCAAGAAUCAGAAGACUAGGAUUUGGGGCUCGCUGCUGAAAGAUGCACAAUAGUCAUGGUUUUUCUCAAGUAAGCCUCUUGUGAAGCCAUGAUGUGAGAUGAAGCUAAAGAAUAGAAUCCAGAGAUCACAAACUCAUAUCUAGAGUAAUUCAACAAAACUUAAAGGAUAUGGAAAAGUUAGGGAUUGAUAGGGUAUAUUUUUUUGUUGUUAAUAUCAACUAGAGGCACUUUACUUAGGGUUAAAUGAUCAAACCCUUUAGUGGAUUUGAACACCCAACAUGCUGGCUUACACUGCUGACAUAUUUUGGUUUUCAUUAUUUUGCACUGGAUCCACCCUGUAAAUAUUCUUACAUAUGCAUUUGAACCACUGUUUUUUUCUACUCUCUUUGCUGCUCAUUAAAAUCUUUCAUGUAGGUGCCAGAACCAUAUAUAAACAGCUUUUGUAAAAAUUGAAACUGGUAUUUUUUUUUUAAACAAAAAGCCAUAGAACUUGGUUAUGUUUUCCAUAUUAAAAUGAUUUGUUGAAACAAGGUAAUACUAAUAAAAAUCCACAGGCACCAAAUAUGCUGUUAAAAGGAUCUGUUAAAGAUUUUUUUUAUAAUGGAAUAUAACUAAGAAAAGUUUUACACAUCAGUGAGUUAAGGGGAAAACGGUAUAUCAGCAGUGGGUAUAGCAGACAGGUUUCAUUUCAGGAUUCGAGUCUCAAUAAUUUGGGAAUGACCAUUCAGUGGCAUGCUGUUGAAAGAACCACAGUACCCUCGUGGUGUCAUGUUGCAGGAAUUUCCUACUGCUAUGCGACUUCCAAACCAGUUUGAGUCAUACAAAUGUUCUCUAAAGUCUUAUCAUAUUAUUGCAAUAAAUCUUUUAACAGUACUUUGCUAACAUGUAU